UUCAUUGCUGACAGUAGGCCAGAAAGUUUAAAGUUCAGCUAAAAAAAAACAAAAAACACCCUCCAUAGAAUUGCCACAAAGCCAAACAGGUGCGGCAUAACUCUGUGGCAUACAAGUAGUGAUAAGCAUGUGCAGUAAAGAUCUGAUAGCUGAGAGCACUGUAUAAAAGGUCGAUGGUUAGAACAGCUGAGAGAGAAGAAGUGAGGAGUUAGGAGAGCGGCUGCCGGAGCAGAACAGACGGCGAGAUCAAGCAGAGAACUGACCUGACGGACCAGAACAGAACGGAACAAUCUGGCAAAGCAGCAACAGCAGUGGUAGCGGCUAAAGUCAGCAGAUAGCCAGUUAAAACAAGGAAGACAACACUGUGUUCAAGCGCACAGAAGAAAAUGUCUUUUCCUGGCAGGAGUUCCUUGCUUUGGUCCCUGAUUUGUGCAGCAUGGGUGCUUGCAAUUCUAGUUGAGGGACAACAACCCGAACAACCAGAAGUGGCUACCAAAUAUGGGCCACUGAAAGGGAAACAGGUUACUGUCAAGGGAACUGACAGACUUACAAAUGUGUUUCUUGGAAUUCCUUUUGCAAAACCACCUGUGGGAGCCCUGAGAUUUUCCCCACCACAACCAGCUGAACCAUGGAUUAGUGUGAGAGAUGCAACUUCUUUUCCACCAGUGUGCUUACAAGACCAGGCGAUACUGGAAAAAUUUGAAGAAAUGUUUCUACCUAAACAACUUAACUUCCCAAUUUCUGAAGACUGUUUGUACCUGAAUAUUUAUACCCCUGCCCAUUCCAAUGAGAAAGCCAAGUUACCUGUUAUGGUGUGGAUCCAUGGAGGAGGUCUGUCGAUGGGUGGAGCUUCAAUGUUUGAUGGGUCUGGAUUAUCUGCCUCUGAGAAUUUGGUGGUGGUAACUAUACAGUAUCGAUUAGGUAUCACUGGAUUCUUUAGUACUGGUGAUGAACACGCUCAUGGAAACUGGGGCUUUUUGGAUCAAGUGGCAGCGCUCCAGUGGAUUCAAGAGAAUAUCAAACAUUUUGGAGGAGAUCCAGGAUCUGUCACUAUAUUUGGAGAGUCUGCAGGAGGCAUUAGCGUUUCUGGCCUUGUUCUCUCUCCUUUGGCCAAGGGCUUGUUCCAUAAAGCCAUCUCUGAGAGUGGAGUUGCACUUUUUUCUGCCGUCUUCAGUUCACAUCCUGAAGUGACUGCUAAGAUAGUCGCUAACAUAACUGGCUGUGACACCUCCAGUUCAGCUGCAAUGGUUCAUUGCCUAAGGAAGAAACCAGAAGAAGAAAUGAUUUUGAAUGUUCAACAACAACAGCAAGUCGGAAUUAUCCCAGCAGUUAUAGAUGGUGUGUUUAUUCAGAAGAACCCUGAAGAGCUAAUGGCUGGCAAAGACUUCAGUGCUGUCCCAUAUAUAAUAGGAAUAAAUAAUCAUGAGUUUGGCUGGUUGCUUCCUUUCUUAUUGGACAUACCUGGCUUGAAGGAGGGGAUGCAAAAAGAAACCAUCCUCUCAACAUUACAAAUGCUGCACCCGUUCUUGCCUGUGCCAGCUGAAUUUGUGUCUCUGAUAACAGACGAGUAUCUGGGAGACACAGACGACCCUGUCGCUCUGCGGGACCGGUUUCUGGAUUUGUUGGGAGAUGCAAUGUUUUUAGUUCCAGCUAUAAAAACAUCUAAUUAUCACAGAGACUCUGGCUCUCCACUCUACUUUUACGAAUUCCAACAUCGUCCAAGUUCAGCAAGUUUCAAACCAGAUUUUGUAAAAGCGGAUCAUGGAGAUGAAGUUAGUUUUGUCUUUGGAGGGGCAUUUCUUACUGAUGAGACGUCACUGUCUGCUUUCAGAGAUGCUACAGAGGAAGAGAAACACCUCAGCAGGACAAUAAUGAAAUAUUGGGCUAACUUUGCUCGAAAUGGAAAUCCUAAUGGCGAAGGUUUGGUGGAAUGGCCAGUGUAUGACAUGAAUGAAAAAUACCUGGAGUUGAAUUUAAAGCAGAAAGAAGCAAAGAAACUGAAAGGGAACAGAGUGGAGUUCUGGACAAAGACUCUGCCUGAAAAAAUCAAGAAAAUGAAGGAAAAGAAAGAGCAUCUAGAAUUAUAAUUCAUAAUGUGUGGGGGAGAAAGGGCGUGUGUGUAUGUCACAAAAUAAAAUCAGAUACAAUUGGUUUAA